AUGACAUAUUUGUUUGGCAUAUUCCUGGCUUCUGUAACUAAUCUUCUACGUCGUUGGUACCUUUACCUACAAAUUUACUUGUCUCCGCUCCGUCAUAUACCUGGUCCACGACUUGCCAGUGCUACUGGAAUUCCCCAUGCAUUACACAUGCGCUCCGGCACCAUCACCAAGUGGCUUCAGCAACUCCAUGAUCAGUAUGGCGACGUAGUUCGCGUUGCUCCGACUGAGCUGUCGUUCAUCAGUGGUGAGACGGCUUGGCCCGACAUCUACGACUUCCGCACUGGCAAAUACAAAGACAAGGGUGCUUACCUCAAGGACGGAACUCGGUUUUCCGAGCCUAUCAACGGCGUUUAUUCGAUCAUCGUCGCGCCUGAAGCUGAUCAUUCCCGUGUGCGCCGUAAUCUCUCCCAUGCGUUCAGUGACAAGGCUUUGCGGAGCCAGGAACCUCUGAUCAUGAGCUACGUCGACCUUCUCGUCCACAGACUCAAGGAACAUGCUGAGAAAGGUAUGCAAGUCGAUAUUACGCGCUGGUACAACUACACAACCUUCGAUAUCAUUGCAGACCUGUCUUUUAGUGAACCACUGCACUGUCUGCGCGACAGCCAGUAUCACAAAUGGGUCAACAUGAUGUUUCACGGCGUCAUGGGCGUUUCGGUCAUGUCAAUCCGCAAGAAGUAUGCGCUCUUUCGGUGGUACGACAAGGCUCGAGGUCUGUUCGAAGACAAUCAGUCUACAAUACGCGCGCGCAAGGAGUUCUUCGACAAGGCCCGAGAAAUGGUCACCACGCGUCUAGAGACCGAAAACGACCGACCAGACUUCUUCUCCUUCAUCCUUCAGAGCCAGGAGAAAGAUAACCGCGCGCUGACAAGAGAUGAGAUGGACUCUAACGCUACCCUGUUCCUCGUCGCCGGCUCCGAAACGACUGCCACUAAUCUCUCGGGUACCACCUACCUCCUCCUCAAGAACAGUGUUGCAUACAUACGCCUCGUUGCCGAGAUCCGCACAGCCUUCACCCGCAUCGAAGACAUCGCCAUCGAAGCCGUGAACAAACUACCCUACCUCCUCACAGUCCUGCAAGAAGGCCUGCGUUACUAUCCCCCCCAAAUCAGCAGCCACUACGUCCCCGACGGCACGAGUGUGUACGUGAGUCAAUAUGCAGCGAACCACUCAGCGCGAAAUUUUGCCGAAGCUGAUUUAUUUGCUCCGGAGCGCUGGCUAGAGGCACGGCCGGCGAAGUUUCAGCAGGAUAAUAGAGAGGUAGUGCAACCAUUUAGUUUCGGGCCGCGGAACUGUCUGGGCAAGAAUUUGGCGUACGCUGAGACGCGGCUGAUUCUCGCCAAAAUCCUGUGGCAUUUCGAUCUCGAGCUCGUCAAGCCUGGGAAGGAGUGGAUGAGGGACCAGAGAGUAUUUUUGUUGUGGGAGAAGCCCAGUUUGGAUGUUAGACUGAGACCUGUGCAGCGGUAG